UGGUAUCGCCAUGACUUCAACCUUGCUCUGCAGCCUGUUACUUCUGCUGGCCUGCAGACUAGCUUUGACUUUCAGUCACAGUGCUAGGAGCCCAGACAGAGUUUCUGAAGCUGACAUCCAAAGACUUCUGCAUGGUGUGAUGGAACAGUUGGGCAUUGCAAGACCCAGAGUUGAAUAUCCAGCGCAUCAAGCAAUGAAUCUCAUAGGCCCACAAAAUAUUCAAGGUGGUGCCCAUGAAGGUCUGCAGCAUUUGGGUCCUUAUGGAAAUAUUCCAAAUAUUGUAGCUGAGUUGACAGGUGAUAAUAUACCAAAGGAUUUCAGUGAAGAUCAGGGAUAUCCAGAUCCUCCAAAUCCUUGCCCAAUUGGAAAAACAGUUGUUGAUGGAUGUCUUGAAAACACACCAGACACAGCAGAGUUCAGCAAAGAAUACCAACUUCAUCAGCAUCUUUUUGAUCCAGAACAUGACUACCCGAGCAUAAGUAAAUGGAAUAAGAAUUUACUCUUUGAGAAAAUGAAGGGUGAACCAAAAAGAAAGAAAAGGAAUGUAAAUCCAUAUCUUCAGGGUCAAAGAUUGGACAACGUUGUGGCAAAGAAGUCUGUUCCACAUUUUUCAGAUGAAGAAAAAGACACUGCGGAAACUGAAUGAAGAUUCAUGGAUGGCUUGAGUACUAAUUAUAUAAAAAGUGAUUCAAUAUUCAUAGUAGCUGCAUGUUUAUUACCUAUAUAAAUGUUGCUGAAAAGCAGCUGUAUUUAUCAUAUUUCUUCUUCAUCUUCACCAAGCUGGUACCUUCCAGAUGUGUUGGGCAGUGACUCCCAGAAUCAUCAAGCAUACCAGUGGGAGUUACAGUCCAAUAUAUCUGGACACCUUCAGAUUUGGGUUGCUGUCCUAGCUACAUGACUAUUCAAUUCUGCUUCUUAUUAAGUUAUAACAACAGAAUCUUCUUGUUUUGCUUUGUAUCUGACUUUUAGCAUUAAUACAUUUUAAUCAUUGUGAGUUAAAUUGCAUUAAGAAACAAGUCAUUAAAGGCUUGGCAAAGUUUAAAGAUUUACCAGUUCUUGUAUGCUUUCACAUGAUAUAAAGCUUGCUAUUUGAGAACAAUUGUUUCACCUCUUUGUUUGUAAAUAAUAAUACAAUACACAAUAAAUAUCUAGAUGCUUGUUGUUAUUGA